GUCAUCUGAAAGAUCCAACCUUUUCUUCAGACAAAUAAAGAAAGGAAAAUGAUGAGCAAGAAGAAGAAGAAGAUAUUGAUAAUAGGAGGGAGUGGGUAUCUGGGUCAGCAUUUGUUACAAUCUUUUUCAGAAACCCAUUUACAAGAAAUAGCCUUUACACACCAUUCUUCUUCAUCUCCACCUCAAAUCUUGCUUCAAUCUCUUCCAAUUGAUGUCAUCCCUUUUCAAGUUGACUUGCAAACUGGUCAAGGGUUUGACUCCAUUUCUCACAAUUUUGGUCAGCCUGAUGUAGUAGUGAAUUGCGCUGCACUUUCUAUACCACGUGCUUGUGAGACGGAUCCUACAGUUGCCAUGUCCAUAAAUGUUCCUUCUUCUCUCAUCAAAUGGUUAUCAAGUUUCACCAAAAACAAUACUCUUCUUAUUCAUCUGUCAACGGAUCAAGUCUAUGAAGGAACAAAGUCUUUCUAUAAAGAAGACAACGAGACGCUUCCCGUGAACAUCUAUGGAAAGUCAAAAGUUGCAGCCGAAGAAUAUAUCACUGCAAACUGGUCAAACUUUGUGAUUUUAAGAAGCAGCAUCAUUUUCGGGCCACAAACUAUCUCACCCGUCUCAAAAUCACUUCCGGUUCAGUGGAUGGAUUGUGUCCUUGCCAAAGGAGAAGAAACCACAUUCUUUCAUGAUGAAUUUCGCUGCCCAGUUUAUGUCAAAGAUGUUGUAAAUAUCAUUCAAAUAUUAACAGACAGAUGGAUUUCAGAUGGCCAGAACAUUCAGAUGCUGCUAAAUGUUGGUGGACCAGAUAGGCUAUCUCGUGUCCAAAUGGCUGAGGCAGUGGCCCGUGUCAGAGGUUACGAUACCUCAUUGAUCAAACCAGUGUCAGCAUCAUCGAUUGAUCGUGGUGUCAAAUCACCGGCUGACAUAUCCAUGGACAUAAGUAAGCUAAUUCAGACACUAAGUUUUACACCUACUUCUUUCCAAGAUGGUGUCAAGCUGACCAUCGACACCAUCACCUGAAGGCAUUAUUGUAUUCUGUAUGGAAGUUUACAUCCACAGCUCGUUCAUAGUUAAACUGUCUUAAGCAUAUUCCACUUCAGGUAUAUGGGAUUAAGGAGAUAUAAAUUUACUGUAAAAAAGAAUAGUACAAUUUGUUGUGGUUACUUUA